GUCUUCUCCUCCAGAUCACCAUGUCGAAGAAGCUCUGUGCCGUGUUCGGAGGUUCCAGGGGAAUCGGUCGCUCCGUCGCCCGCCUCUUGGCGGAGAGGGGACGCGGGGCGGCUGUCGUCUCGCCGGGCCUGGAGUGCGCGCAGGCGACGGCGAGGUGCCUUGUGCUUGCCUGUGCUCCCAGCGUGCUCUUGCUCGUUGACCGACAGUCUCCUCCUCUGACCGCAGCGGACCACGGGGCCCUGAGCUGCGAUGUCUCCGACGAGCUCCGGGUGCGCAGAACGUUCGAGCGGCUCCGGCAGCGCUCCGGAGGCAUCCGCUACCUGGUCAACGCGGCGGGAGUCGACAGAGACGCGCUGCUGUUCGGGGCCAGGACCGAGGACAUGGUGGACCUCCUACACACCAACCUGCUGGGCACCGUGCUCACGUGUCGCGCCGCUCUGCGGAGCAUGCUCCGUAAGCCAGGAGGCGCCAUCGUCAACGUGGGCUCCGUGGUUGGGCUGAAGGGCAACGCCGGCCAGGGCAUCUACAGUGCUACCAAAGCCGCUCUCGAGGGCUUCGCGUGCUCUCUGGCCAAGGAAGUGGCCGCGCGCAACAUCCGCGUCAACUUGGUGGCCCCAGGCUUCAUCCGCACGGACAUGACGACGGCGCUGGGGGAGGAGCACCCGAAAGUGGCCAUUCCACUGGGUGGAUUCGGGGAGCCCUCGCAGGUGGCUCAUGCUGUGCUCUUCCUGCUCCAGACACCCUACGUGACCGGGCAGGUGCUUGUGGUGGACGACGGCAUGCAGCUGGUCAUGUAGUCUGUCCCGUGUGUGUGUGUGUGUGUGUGUGUGUGUGUGUGUGUGUGUGUGUGUGUGUGUGUGUGUGUGUGUGUGUGUGAGCGCUAGACUCUGAUGUGAUUCCGUUGGACUACAUGUCCUCCUGCACUGUGAGCCUCUUCCCUCAGGGCACCUUCUCCACCUGUGAUGGCGCACAGUGCGACAGCGCUGCCGAUGGGGUCCGAAACAGUGCUUCUCCUGCUUUGUGCUGUCUGUGAUGAUUGUGUGUGUGCUGUGAAGAAGCCUCUGUCUCUCAGAUGCUCUGUUGGGCCCUCUGCUCAGACUGCGCACUGAUCUAGCAUAUGAGAUAUGUGGCAAUAAUAAUAAUAAUGAAAAAUGAUAAUCUUGAGUCACAAAGCUGACUGCACAUCUCUCCGAAGGUCCGUU